GCUGAAAGGCUGCUGAAAGGCGCCUUGAACAGUCAUAACUGCUAGAGGAUUGUGGGAUUCUCACGCGGAAACAUGGCGUCUAGAGUGGGAGUUGUUAGCGAUGGAUUAGCUUUGUGAGCAGUAUUCUUCGAAAAGAUCUCCGCAAAAAUAACUUUUUUAAACAUUAAGAAUGCCUCCAGGAUUACGGCGCAAUUUCUGGGACGAUUACGAGCCUGCUUCAGUGGUAAAUGUUGACUGUUUCUUACCAACGGGAGUCGUGAUUCAGUUACAAGUUCGUAUCGAAGCUCCAUUGUCGGAGAUCAAAAGUCGACUAUGGAGAGAAGCCAGCAACUAUCCGUUGUUUAAUUUCCUUAAAGAUGGUACAAAUUAUAUAUUUGUGUGUGUGAAUCAGAGAGGAAAGCAAGAGGAACUACUGGAUGAAACGCGCCAGCUAAUCGAUGUGCGUCCUUUCAGACCCUUGCUAAAGCUCAUACAAAAACAAGGUGACAACGAGGAAAAACUCUUCAAUUCCCACAUUGGUAACCUCAUCGGAAAGAGCUUGCACGAGUUCGAUCAAAUGCAGAACACAGAAGUUGACGAUUUCCGUCGAAAGUAUAGGCAGUUUGCCGAGAGAAUAGCCUGUGAAAGGCGUCAACUUGACUGGAUUGGACGAGCUAUGUAUGCAUACCCUCCCGAAGUUGAAAGCACUGAUCCCCCAGAAUGUAUCGAGAAGAAUUUAAUGGAGAACAGGCGUUUCUUGGUCAAUGUGGCCAUCAAGAACAAUAGGGCCUCAAUAAAAGACAUGCAUGCAUUUAAUGUCCCAGCUGAUGCUUACCCAGAUGAGCUUCUGGUAUUGGUUUUGAGGAAAAGAGGUGCAAUCAUGGGGGUCUUAGAUCUUGACAAACCGUGUGAUUACGUACUGAAGAUUGUUGGACAAGAAAGCUACCUGCUGGGAAAUUAUCCAUUAUUACAGUACACGUAUAUUCGCACCUGUGUGUCAAAAGGAAUCAGGCCAAUGCUUUCACUUGUGCUUCGUUCAUCACUUCAAGUAGAGGUGCUUGAUGUGAGUGAUUUAUGUCGCAGAGUUCAAGGAACCAGGGCACCACGUCUACCUGAUAAGCCACAGUCAGCAAGCUUGUCAUUGUGGAGUAUUGAACAGCAAGUUCGUAUCAAGAUUACUUCAGCCAAAAAUGUCAAUGCAGGAGACCUAAUGAGGGUUGGUGUCCGAGCAGGUAUCUACCACGGGGGGGAGGCACUGUGCGACAUCAAAUCCACAAGGCCAGAGAAUGGAGCAAAUGCAACAUGGAAUGAGUUCUUGGACUUUGAUUUAAGAGUAGCCGAUAUUCCUCGGAUGGCUCGCCUGUGCCUUGUGAUUUAUGGCGUAACCAGCAGUCCCCAAAAGAAGUCAAAAAAGAAGAAGGAGGAAACGAUUCCUGUGGCGUGGGUCAACACAACUCUGUUUGAUUACCAAGGUAAACUACGGCAAGGUCCAAUGAAACUCUUUGCAUGGCCAGUUCCCGAAACAAUGGCAGACCAACUGAAUCCUGUGGGCACGGUAGUUUCCAAUAUCGACACUGUAACCUCAGUGUCACUUGAAAUUGCCUUCUCAUCAUACUCACAUCCAGUUAUUUACCCAACAUUUGACAAGAUUGCUGAGCUGGCUGCAAAUGUUACUGACUAUGAUAUUUUUGGAGGAGCAAAUGACUCAGUACUUCAACAACUGAGGCAGAUAGUCAAUCGCGAACCCUUGGCCCCUAUCUUUGAGCAAGAAAAGGAGCUAGUUUGGCAGCGCAGAAUUGAUUGCCGCGAACAUUUCCCACAUGCAUUGGCAAAACUGCUUUGCUGUGCCAAGUGGAACAGUAAUAAGGAUGUUGCUAUGAUGCAAAUUCUGCUUCAAACAUGGCCAAAGCUUGAACCGGAGGUGGCUUUAGAACUGUUGGAUUAUACAUAUGCUGACAAAGAAGUGAGGAAAAUUGCUGUGAGGUGUAUCGAAAAGAUGAGUGACUCAGAGAUUCAACAGUAUCUUCUUCAGCUUGUUCAGGUUCUAAAGUAUGAAUCAUAUCUGGACUGUGACUUGGCAGAGUUUUUACUUGGGCGAGCUUUGAAAAAUCAGCACUUUGGACAUGAGCUGUUUUGGCUUCUCAGGGCUGAAAUGGAAAAUCCUGAAGUCUCAGUGAGGUUUGGUUUGAUGUUAGAAGCAUAUUGCCGUGGUGCCCCAACACACAUGAAAAGCCUUCAACACCAGGCUCAAGCACUUAGCAAGAUGAAAGCUGUUACUGAGCUACUUCAGUUAAUUGACAGGGAAAAAAAGGAAAAAGGUUUGGCAACUAUGAAAGAGCUUCUUCGUCAGAAAACGUAUCAAGGAGCACUCUCCAAAAUCAGCUCUCCUCUUAAUCCAAGAUACAAGCUGCGGAACCUGAAUGUCGACCAGUGUAAGUUUAUGGACUCCAAAAUGCGGCCACUCUACUUGGUGUUUGAAAACAUGGACGAGCUGGGGGACCUGGUGCGCAUUAUCUUCAAGAAUGGAGAUGAUCUCCGCCAGGACAUGUUGACUUUACAGCUGUUUAAAAUCAUGGACAGGAUCUGGCAGAACGAGGGACUUGAUUUAGGAAUGAUCCCUUACGGAUGUUUGUCCACGGGCAGCUCCAUAGGAAUGAUCGAGGUUGUUCACCAAGCUGAGACCAUAGCCAAGCUACAGAAAAAGAAAGGAAUGACAGCUGUUUUCGCCAAAGAGUGUAUCUGGAAUUGGUUCAAGGACUAUCACUCAACCGAAGACGAACUGAACGAAGCUGUACGCCUUUUCACGCUCUCCUGCGCGGGGUACUGUGUGGCCACUUAUGUCCUGGGGGUGGGUGACAGGCACAGCGAUAACAUCAUGGUGAAGAAUACGGGACAGUUGUUUCACAUUGACUUCGGCCAUAUCUUGGGUAACUUCAAGAGCAAGUUUGGUGUGCGGAGAGAAAGAGUGCCUUUCGUACUGACUGAUCAUUUUGUACAUGUGAUUUCCUUGGGCAAAGGAAAAGAAACAGACGAGUUUAGAGAGUUUAAACAGCUUUGUGAAGAUGCUUUUCUCAUACUGCGCCGUAAGGGCCCACUUCUGAUCAACUUGUUCGUCAUGAUGUUGUCUGCUGGCCUCCCUGAACUGCGGUCACUUGAUGACAUUGGUUACCUGCGGAAAACACUCCUGUUGCCCGUAUCGGAAGAGGAUGCCCUCAGAGACUUCAGGAGUAAAUUCGACCAUGCUAUUAACAACAGCUUUUCAACAACUAUGAACUGGUUUGCGCACAAUGUAAAGAGGGACAAUCCCUAAGAAAUGCGUGAAAUCGUCUUCUAUUUAUGACCACUGCUAGGUCAAUUCUUUUCUCAGACCCCUCUGAGUUUGGAUCACCAUAAGAACGAUCAUAUUUUUUGGGGGGGAGGGAAGGUUCUUUGUUUUUUUUUUUUUGUCGUAAAAUGAAAAAAUCGCGGGAGCCUGUUGAUUAACAAGAGACAACAAAUUGUAAAUUUCGGUGGCCUCUUUAAGAGAAGGCGUUGUAGACAUAAAGUCUAGACUGUGAAUAUAUGAAAAUAUAUGUUGAAAACAUGUCAAAUGCUGAUUGAGAAAUUAAUAUGCGAUCUUCGCAGUAAUAAACACUACCUUAGCAUUAGUGAAAAAAAAGGCUAUCAUGUCUUUAUAUAUCAUUGCCAUUUAUUGAUCACUUCAUCACUUCGCGGGUUUAUAACAAACCGACAUGAUGACCAGCUCCCAGGUGGCUUGUUAGCUCAGUUGGCAGAGCACUGCACCGUUACCGCAGAGGUUAUGGGUUCCAAUCCCCUAUAGGCCUGAAUUUUUUUUAGGCCUUAUUUUCGCCACUGCUUAAGUAGUGUUCAUCGCUGGGACGAUCGCUUUCAUAUUGAUAUAUAGUCUUGUUGUUUUUAACUUGUUUAAGUUUUUAUGAAAUUUAUUUUGGGUAAAUACAUUACUUUGGGUAAAGUAAUAAAAAUCUGCUUUUACUGCAAGGAAAAGCGGACUACCACAAAAGCGUGGUAAGAAGUGUAAGAUAUAAAACGAAGUCAUUACAUAAAAAAAAAAAAUAAUAAAUUUACGCUGACCCUUAAGCUGCUUUUAAAACGUUUUUUAUCAGUUUUAUCAAUCUAAAACACAUGUACAUUGGAUUUGUAUAUAGGGUAUUAUUAAUGUUAUUAGAGAUUAAUUUCUUUAUGUUGUUUUAAGCAAAUAUUCAAUUUAUUUUGUAACUAGGUAGCUAGAAUUUCUCAGUGAGAGACGACCAUGGGUUAGCUAUUUUAAAACUUGACAGUGUGGUAGGCACUCGAUCGAAUCACGUGCAAGUGAUUUAUAUCGAAUGAGUGCGUGGCAUUCAUACUCCCGGUAACAUGGGGAUGCAACUGUUUUCUAGAAAACUCGUCUAAACGGUGCAAAUAUUUUUAACAUAGGUAAUAAGGUAGUAACUGAAUGGUAAAAAGCUGUCCCAAGCUUUUUUUCCUUUGAAAAUAUCAAUUGAAUCCUUACUGUUAGCCCUUCAAGAUUCUUAUAAUACAAAGAGGACAGUGUUAGGCAUUAAUAGUUUGAUUUUGUUGUUGUUGAGAUUUCAAUUCGUCACACCCUAAUGGAAACGCCUUGAACAGAUGGAACAGAAAAAUGGGUGCAAUUAUUAGAUUAUGGUUAGUGCAAGUUUUUAAUAUUUUUUAUUUUUG